AUGAAAAUAAGAAACAAACCAGUCGUAGCAGUAUUGGACUCUGGAGCAGCAGUGAGCAUAAUGUCAAAGAAAUUGCUUACCAAGCUCAGACUACAGAUUUCGGAACCAUCUAAUGCUGUUGUUGUCACCGCGAACGGAACACGGGAAAGAGCUCUAGGAAAAUUGAAGAACGUAGCACUACAACUAGGAAGAAUUACUGUACCAACAGACUUUCAAGUUAUAGAAUCUACGGAAGAAAUGAUGCUAUUAGGAAUGAGUUGGUUUAAGAAGUUAUGUGCACACCUAUAUUUUGACGAACAAAAGUUGAUCAUUACCCAUGGAGGAGAAAGCAUAGAGUUACCUAUUCACCAAGAAAAAGAAAUUAAGAUAGAGGAGCCGGAAGAGGAGGAGGAAGAGGAUUACGAGGAAGAUGACUAUUUCAACACAUAUGAGGAAGAAGAUCUAGAUGAAGUAGAAAGUUACUUGACCAAUAAUCAAGAGGACUUAUAUACUAACCCAUGGAUUGAUAAGCAGAGCCCGGCAGCAUAUUUGAUGAUGAUCGAAGAAGUUCUGACAUCCGAAGAAACCGAACGACCCAUAUAA